CUCUCACUUCACCUCUUCUCCUAUAAACUCCUCGCAGCAUCACACGGGCACCACGCUCUCACUCUUCCCAUUCACAACGCACAAGCACAACCACCUUUCUCCACUCUCGGAGCUUGCUAGCUCGGUAGCUAGCACCCGCGUCAAGGAAAGAUUUAAAGCACCAUGCUUGGCUGCUUCUCCCGGCUCCGGCGGCCGGCGUCUACAGCCGGGGCACCGGCGCCCGUGCAGCAUCCGUGUGACGACGCUUCCACGUCUGCUACGUCGACCUCCACCACGCCCACCUCUCCGUGCUCGUCCUCUUCCUCCGCCCGCUUCAAGAAAGCGAGCCUCCGGGACGGUGGCAGCAGAGGCCGGGAAGUCGACGGCGCCGUCGCGAAGGAGUACCUGUCUUCCGCGGUCACCGUGGACUCCGGGCUGUCGUCGGCCAUCGCGUCCCGCCGGUUCUUCCUCGCCUCUCCAGGCCGGUCCAACUCCAUCGUCGACUCGUCGGCGCACGCCGGGGUGAUCGGUUUGGGCGCGGCCGGCGUGGCUGUGCCGACCUACUCGCCGGACCCGCACGCCGACUUCCUCAAGUCCAUGGAGGAGAUGUCCGCGGCGCUGCAGCUGGACGCCAGGCGGCGCGGCGACAGGGCGCGCCUCCACGAGCUGCUGCUCUGCUACCUCGCGCUCAACGACAAGCGCGCACACAGGUACAUCGUCAGCGCCUUCACCGACCUCCUGCUCCGCCUCACCGCCACCACCGACGACCUCGAGCUCGAGCACGAGCAGGACGCCUUGUAGCUGCCUGGCGGCUGCCGGAACCCAGCAGCAGCUAAACAUGUUCUUCCAUUUCUCAGAGCGUUCGGUGCUACGCGUAGGAACAUUCUUUUUUCUUGGUGCAAAAUGCUCGAGCUGUGCUACUCACUUGCCCAGAUCAUGCACCUGACUGUACAUAGGUCGUGUGCAAUUUCGUAGCGAAAGUCGCUUUGCAGUAGUUCGUAACUUUGUGUCCGUUGCUUUUUGCUCUUUAUAAAAGGUUUGAGCGUGCUAGUGAAGUUGGGAAUAUCUUAGCUUCUACAAUGGGGUCGCUUUGUUUCUUUGUGCAAUUACAUUUGUCUUUUCGGCCA